AUGGCUGACACAGUUCCAAACAAGUCUUGGGUCUUCAAGCAAAUCCCCGAGGGUCUCCCCAAGCUCGGUGUCGAUACCGUGUAUGAAGACAGACCCAUCAGCUUGACUCCCCCUCCGGGCGGUGUAGUCAUCAAGAUCCUCACUGUCGGUCUUGACCCCCACCAGCGUGACCGCAUGAGAGGCCCGGACUUCCAGAGCUACGUCCCUGGCUACGUCUUUGAUGAGACCAUGACCAACUUUGCCAUUUCCAAGGUCGUCAAGUCGGACCACCCCGAUCACAAGGAGGGCGACCUGAUCCAGGGUCUUUUGCCUCUCGCCGAGUACGGCGUUAUCCCCAAGGAGCUGUUCGAGUUCAAGCCCAUGGCUGCUCCCCUCGUCUGGAAGGUUGAGAACAAGUACAACCUGGAUUACUCGCACUACAUGGGCCCUCUGGGCUUGGCCGGUAUGACGGCAUGGAACUCUUUCUACGGCCUGGUGAAGCCCGAGAAGGGCAAGACCAUCUGGGUCAAUGCCGCCACCAGCUCUGUUGGUGAGGUCGUGGUCCAGCUCGCCAAGAAGGAGGGCAUGCGCGUCAUUGCCAGUGUCAGCUCCGCCGAAAAGCUCAAGUACGCUACUGAGGUGCUGGGUGCUGAUGCUGGCUUCAACUACCGCGAGGAGGACAUCUCCGGUGCCCUGAAGAGACUCGCACCCGAGGGUCUUGAUGUGGUCUACGAAAACGUCGGAGGAGACCACUUCCAGGCAGCCAUUGAUAACCUGAACUGGUUUGGCAGAAUCAUUGUCUGCGGCAUGGCAUCUCAAUACAACAAGCCCAAGGAGGAGCAAUAUGGAGUCACGAACCUGUCGGAUAUCUUCCGCAAGCGCAUCACCAUCCGUGGCUUCAUCUACUGGGACCACGACAUCUAUGAGCCCAACAUUGCCAGCUUCCACGAGAACAUGCCCAAGUACAUCGCCGAUGGCUCCAUCAAGGCAAGCUACUCGAAGCACGAGGGUCUCGAGAAGACCCACGAGGCUUUCCUUGAGAUGUUCACCGGCAAGGCAUUUGGCAAGGCCGUCAUCAAGAUUGCCGAUGAGUAA